CACAGGACAAUAAUACCAGUAGUAUUCUCGACAACUAAUGCAAAGGCAUCUUGCAUAUUCGUGCUUAUAAGCAAACAGGAUGCCACGAAUUGCCUCCGCAGCUGUCUCCUCUCUCCUGGCAAGCGGUCCGAGCCAAAGCCACACGAGAUCUCCAUACGUCAGCGAGGUGUCAGGUACAAUACUGGCCUGUCGGGAGCCUGAAUGAUGUCAAUCUUCGAAUAGGAGCCUGGUGAUGAUCCGAUCACUUCUGUCGGCCGUAACUCAGCUGCAACCUUACUCGCAGUGCCCCCCGUUUCCUCAGAGUCGCCUCUGAUUCUUCGUCUUUGCAUGCCGAUGCAGUCAAAGGCUGUUAGUGCCGGCUCCUGAGGGAGAAGAGCCACCCGCCUCGUUGAGCGCUUCUUCCAAUGCAGCAGCAGCCAUGCUCCCCCUUUUCAUCCCAAUCUCCUGCGUCCUCCUCCUCCUGUUGACGCUGCGGCUCUAUCCCCGGUCCGCAUCAUCGUCAACAGCAACAACAAUAACAAUUACAGCAGUCCAACCCCGAGCCCAGCCAAAAGCCCCCCUACUCCCCUUCGAUUUCCCGGACCCUUGCGUAAUCCAAGACCCUGCCUCGGGCGCAUGGUACGCCUUUGCCACGGGCUCAAACGUCCAGGCUGCCACCGCCCCCUCGCCACAGGGACCAUGGACCUACCUGCCGCAGGCCGACCCGUUGCCACACCCGGGAAACUGGACUGCCGGGCCGGGCUCUCAGACCUGGGCGCCCUCCGUCCACUACCUUCCCAGUGAUAGCAGCAAGAACAACAACAACAACAACCACGGCGACGAGGACGGCAACGGCAACGGCACCUUCAUAAUGUACUACUCAGGCCAGCUCGCCGCGCCGCAGUCAGCCUUGCACUGCGUCGGCGCGGCCGUCUCGUCAAGCGGGUCCGUCCUGGGGCCGUACAGCCCCCUACCGUCACCGCUGGCGUGCCCGCUCGACCAGGGAGGGGCCAUCGACCCGGCGGGGUUUGUUGACCCGCCCACGGGCAAGCGGUACCUCCUGUACAAGGUGGACGGCAACGCGCUGGGGCUCGGCGGGGAAUGCAACAAUGGCGUGGAGCCCCGGCGGCAGACGCCCAUUGUGCUGCAGGAGGUGGAUCCGGCGGAUGGGGUUAGUUUUGUUGGGGAGGGGGUGGUGGUGUUUGACCGUGGGGAGGAGGACGGGGCGUUGGUGGAGGCGCCGGAUUUGGUGUUUUACCGGGAUGAGGAUCAGGAGGUGGAGGAGGGCAGUUGGGGCGGCGGUGGAGGGGGAGGAGGACGGGGCAGGUACGUGCUCUUCUAUAGUAACCAUUGCUGGGAUGGUCCCCGGUAUAGUGUCAAUUAUGCGGUGGCGGAGAAUAUUACGGGCCCGUAUGAGCGGGUCGAUGGGGGCCCGGUGAUUCGGACCGGCGAUCGGUUUAAUAUCACGGCUCCGGGUGGGGCGGCCGCGGCACCGGGGGCCCGUUGGAUGGUGUUCCAUGGGAAUUGUCCGGCCGGAAGAUGCCUUUUCGGGGCCGACAUGGAGGCACAGGGGGACAAGGUGGUUGUGUCUUGA